CGCGAUAAACAAUACUGGAUUUAGCUCUCGACAUCCAAAAUCAACAAAACACCACAAGAAACAUCGACAGAGAUGCAGAGAAAUAAGGCCGGAAGAACGUCCUCGGGGCAUCAGUUCUCACGACUCAAGCCCGCAGAGAUUGAUCCUUUGGCCGAAUACGGCCUCCCCUCAAAGGGAGAGAAGAGACUUCUCAACCACAAGACCCAAGAAGCCUACUACUCCAAAAUUGCCGAGCGCUAUCUCGCCUUCUGCACCGACGCCGGCGACCGCGACUCUCUCCAAAAGCAGUUCUCCCGUCUAGCCGUCGGCGAGACCACCAGCACUAACACGUCGACACCGCUUCUCCCAGCCGGCUCAACAUCAACACCGCCAUCCUCCUCCUCGUCCCACUCCCACGAAGCUUCCACACCCCAACUUCCCCCACCCUCCGACCUCUCCCAGAUCCUCUCCGCCCUCCGCAAACUCCGUGAAGCCCUCGUCGCCUCCUCACGCCUCGACGACUUCACCGCACAAGUCUACCUUUUCGCCGUGCGCCUCGGCAUUCUCUCUUCCUCCUUCGAGACCUACCUCCCUUCUCUUCUCUACCUCCUGCGCGUCAUUCACCGCUCUCCCACGCAUCCUUUGACGUCCGUCGAAUACCACGAGGUUGUCUCGUAUCUUGUGCUGGACACAGCCUGUCGCCGGGGAGACCUGGCCGAGGCGUAUGCGUUGAGGAAUCGGUAUAAACUGAGAGACCCCAAAGUGGAUGCUACGCUGAAAGCGCUGGUGACGGAUGAUUGGGUGAGUUGGAGACGGACCAAGAGAGCUGUGGAUGGGUACAGAGUCAAGUUGAUGGAGUUUGCGGAGCCGGGGAUGAGAGGACAUGUCCUGAAGGCGUUUGGGAGGGCGUAUCUGAGUGUGGGGGUGGAGUAUUUGGAGGAGACGAUGGGGAUGAAGUGGGAGGACAUGGUGGAGCGAUUUGGGGUCGGGUGGGAAAUGAACAAUGGAAGGGUGGUGAUUAGGAAGAUUGGGGGGAAGACGCAGUGAAGUGGGAGGUAGAUUGGAUGGUAGUGGCGGUUGAAGUAAUGGGAGGGUUAUAAUGCGGAGGGGGCCUUGAGUUCAGGACACAAACGGGGGUGAGGCCGUGGGUGGUGAAAGCCCGAGGAUGGGAUAAGAAGUGGAUCACGGCUCAGGAGAUGUUGCGAGUUGGCGAGCGUGCUUUCAUUAUGGUGCGCUACAUUUAUACUUGAUACCCCUUUUUAUUUGCUAUUACGUCUGAGGCUUCGUACAAGUCGAGGUGCAGGGCUGUUGGUUGUGCGACUGCACUGAGCUCCUGGUGUAUUUUUGUUGCCAGUUAUCAUUGGUUUCUUCAUAUCAGUUGCCGUCCUACGAUCCUACAAGGACAAGCAGCCGAUUUAACCGACAGCACACGUGGGGAGGGGGUUGACUUCAAGCUUGCUCGCUCGAUGAGUGAGGGGUUACACAAGCAUUGUAUAGCGGUACUUGAUCGAAGUUGCCGUGGUAUUAACAUUUCAUUAUAUCAUAUCUUUUGCUUCAUGCAUAUCCAAGGCCCGUCACUUCAUCAUGACCAUU